AUGGUGGACAAGAUAGCGCCGUCUUUGCGUUCCAUGGGGCCAUUGACUACCGCAAUUCGAGCUUCACGACCAUCAUCAAACGCUCAUAAAGACAUGAAGGAGAAGCCUUUGGUCGUGUUUUUGCGGUUGAAACGCAAGCGGACUGAGACACCAAUGGAAUGUUUAGUGGUACAGGGUGAACCGAUCACUAAGCGACCUAAAGUGGACUUUUUGGAGGCAUUUACAAAGCUCUCAACGACAGAAAAACGUUUUGUCUUCAAACAUAUUGAUACAAUGGAAGAGUCAACAGUAUCAGGACGUGGCAAAUGGACGGAUCGACUCAAGCGCAAAGCGAGAUCGCUGAAGGACGAACGAGCCGAUAUUUUGGCCAAGAAACAUCUCGUUCCCGUGUUCCAAAAGGACCCGACGGCUUCAAAACAGACGGAGCAACGUGUUAAACAGCAGAAGAGUCGAUCUAAAGCUCGACGGAAUGAAGAGGUGCUCAAGUUUAGAGGCCUGCAGCCAGUCAUGGAAAUUCAAGAGAAGCAAACGAUGGAAAUACAUGGUAUUCGACUGGUAGAUCUGCAGUUAUCAACUACUACAGGUACAAACAAGACGCUGGAAGAGAAGACGGACGCAGAGCUGGAAAAGAACGAGAUUGAGGUGGUCACUGUAAAUGGAGCACGGCUGAAACCUACGAGGGUGCUGAAUCCGCACGAACGCAUGCUGGAUGAGUCGAUUUGGAUCGCAUUCCGCUCGAACGAUUUUGCUUCGUUUUUUCAGAUGUACCGUGCCCAACGACCAGAGCUUUGUGCCGACUUGAUAACAUUUCAGCGACCAGCUGAUGGAAGGACAAUUCUGAUGGCUGCAGCGUUGCAUGGGCGGAGUGAUGUGAUUGAAGUGCUCUUGCGUUCUGGUUCUACAAGUGUUCUUCAACAAGAUUGGGAAGGUGCUACGGCUGUGGUGUUUGCAAAGCGUGGAGGGCAUUCUCAUGUCGAGACAGCGCUACGUGCAUGUGAAGAGGCAGAACGUGAAAAGGACUACGUGUACGACAUUUAUUGUGUUGAUAUCUCUGCGAGCGAGAGGCAAGACACUGGGCAUGAUACGACUACCAGUUCUAAGAAUGGCUUUGAACAAACUAGCGUGAAUGGCGUGCCGAUCGUUAGUGUGAGUUCGGAGGUGCAACGUUGGCUCUCGGAAGACAUACCGAAUGAUGAGGUAGAGGAAUACAUGCUGGAAUCCGACAUCGAUAGUAACGAUGAAAUUGACGGAUUGAGCGAGGAUUCCAAUGACGAAGACAAUGUGGCAAAUGAUUAUCCAGACGAAGAAUCAUCGGAGGAAUCGGUGGAUGAAAGUGAAGACUUUGAUAAGAUUGGAGCGCAACGUCGUUGGCAAAAUUCCGAGAUUUACACUGAGCAAAACGAGAUUGACGAUUGA